GAGCUAUAGCUGAGAGAGAGAGAGAGAGAGAGAGAGAGAGAGAGGGGCAUAUAUCAAAUGAUGAUCAUGGCUAGAGGAUCAUCAUCACUUCUAUCUGAUCUUCUAAUUCAGAGAAGUUAUACUUGAUCCUUUUCUUCUUCUUCUUUGGAUUGCUUUUCAUUUCAUGGCAUACCAUGUUGGCUUAUUAAGAGAAGCAGACUAAAAAAAAGGAGGGCUCUUUACCUCUCUCUGGGCUCCGUUCUUCUUCUUCUUCUUCUUCUUCUCCACCAACCUCUUCUACUAAGCAGCAAAAACCCUCUACUCUUUCUUCCUUGAACUAGAGUCAACAUCAGCUUAAAGAAAAGGUAGAGAAGCAAGAGCAACACAAGGAAGGGAUAUUUCUUGGUGUUACAUGGCUAGAGAACUGUGUGAAGAUAAGUCAAGGAGCAUGGUAUCAUCAGGGAGUUUUUGUUAUACAGAUGUUUCAUCUAGUAACCCAACAAUCCAGACCCAUCUUGUGAAUCAGAUCCAAGGCUUUGAAUCCAAUCCAGAGAUGUUCAACUUGACUACAGGCAUGGAGAUGAUAGGGUUUUCAAAGAAUCUACAACAGCAAAAAAGUGACAGUAACUCAGCUAUGUGGAAAGGAUUCUUCAACAAACCACCAAACAACAACAACCCUGGUGGUCCUUCUUCUUCAAAGGCAAUCAAUGACUCAACAAGUGGUGUUUUUUAUCAACAUGAGUUCAGUAAACCUGAUUUCUCAACUGGGAUUUCUGAUUCAAGUAAUGAGAAUCUAAUGGUUGGACCUGAUCACUCAGCUCCUUGGCAAGAAAACAGGUUGCUUGUUGAUGAUUCUUCUUUGAGGUGUGUGUUUCCAUGUGAAGGAAAUGAGAGGCCAAGUCAAGGUCUUUCACUGUCUCUGUGCUCAAGUAAUCCGUCUACUAUUGGGUUACAGCCUUUUGAACUAAGGCACACAUCUACUCAUCAGAAUCAAGAUAAUCCACAAGAAAUGAGGUUCUUCGGGAAAUCUCCAGCAAAUAUUCAGCAACAGAUGAUGCAAGCUGCAAAUUUACAUCAUCAAGGGCAGUUUCAGCUUAGGAACUCAAAGUACAUGGGUCCUACACAGGACCUAUUGAAUGAGUUCUGUAGUCUUGGGACAAAGCAAGGUGAUGCACUAAAGCAAAAGCUCCACAAGCCUAAACAGUGGGAUGAUGAUCAGAACGGAAGUUCUUCAAGAAAGCAAUCUCUUCAGUCUCUUGAAUUCAUUGAAUUGCAGAAGAGAAAGACAAAGCUGCUUUCAAUGCUGGAAGAGGUGGAUAGAAGAUACAGGCACUACUGUGAUCAAAUGAAAGAUGUGGUAUCAUCCUUUGAAGCUGUGGCAGGUACUGGAGCAGCCUCAGUCUAUUCAGCUUUAGCAUCGAAGGCCAUGUCAAGGCACUUCAGAUGUUUAAGAGAUGGAAUUGUGGCUCAAAUUCAUGCUACAAAGAAAGGUAUGGGAGAUAAAGAUACCAUUGCACCAGGUACCACAAGAGGUGAAACUCCAAGGCUAAAGAUUCUUGAUCAAAAUUUAAGGCAACAAAGGGCUUUUCAACAUAUGAGCAUGAUGGAGAGUCACCCGUGGAGACCUCAAAGAGGCCUACCUGAAAGAUCUGUGUCGGUUCUUCGAGCUUGGUUGUUUGAGCAUUUUCUCCACCCGUACCCAAGUGAUGUUGAUAAACAUAUCUUAGCCCGCCAAACUGGUCUCUCAAGAAGCCAGGUAUCCAAUUGGUUUAUCAAUGCAAGAGUGAGGCUAUGGAAACCUAUGGUGGAAGAGAUGUACUUAGAAGAAACAAAGGAGCAAGACAACAACAUGGCCUCCUCGGAUGGGGUUACUGAUCUGGAUGAGAAUAGUAAUGGCCGGCCUAAUCAAAACCCUUCUUCAACAGAUCAAAAACCGACACCGGACCAACUCGUUCGAAUUGACUCCGAAUGCCUCUCUUCCAUUAUCUCUAACCCAGAUAAAAAUGACACCAACAAAAGCAUUAAGACAUUUCAGAGCCACCAUUUACAGCACCAACAACAGAACUUUGGAAACUUUGGUGCUAUGGAAUUGGACUUCUCAUCUUACAAUCAUCAUACGGCGGCAGGGGUUUCUUAUGCUAAUGAGAGUGUUAAUAACCAGAACUUCAAUGGUGGUGGAGUGUCAUUGACAUUAGGGUUGCAACAGCAUGGGGGGAGUGGAGUGAGCUUAGCAUUCUCUCCUGGCUCUCAAAGUUCUCUAUUUUACCCUAGAGACCAUAUUGAAGAUUGCCAACAAGUUCAGUACUCACUUCUAGAUGGUGAAGGACAGAAUUUGCCUUAUAGGAAUCUGAUGGGAGCUCAGUUGCUGCAUGACCUGGCUGGAUAAAAUAAAAAAGCUUGAUUCAUCGGACACUCGGUGCGGGGUGCCGCGCGUAUAGCCGGAGUUCCAGCCAAAUGAUGGUGAUGGUUGAUAAGUAGUUUAGGCAUAGAUAAAUACUCCAUACAUAUUUAUAUACAUAAUGCUACACUAGUUUGGUUUAAAAUGCUAUGGAUCGAUGUCCAUAGCUUAGAAUCUUUGUUUUAUUUUUUUUAUUUUUUUCCAUUGGAAAUUAAGAACUCGUUUAUUUUCUGCUAAUUUGAAAUCGCAAGUGAUUGGUGAAA